AUGGCACCUCUGUCAGGGCCAACAAUCAAGACUAAGAAGAGAGCUCUCCGACACGCCCUCCUCCUCUGCCUCCUCCUUCCAUGUAUCUCCCAACCACUCCCGGCUCCCUCCCCAUCUCCAACGGCGGCGCCUCCGGCGGCGACGCUUCACCUCUCGCCGUUCAACGACCGGCUCGACGCGGCGUACAUCGCGCUGCAGGCGUGGAAGCACGCCAUCCUCGAGGACCCCAAGAACCUGACCGCCGACUGGUGCGGGCCCUUCGUGUGCAACUACACCGGCGUCUUCUGCACGGCGGCGCAGGACGACCCGCACAUCCUCACCGUCGCCGGCAUCGACCUCAACCACGGCCGCAUCGCCGGGUUCCUCCCGGACCACAUCGGUCUCCUCGCCGACGUCGCGCUCAUCCACCUCAACUCCAACCGCUUCCACGGCACGCUGCCGCCGUCCAUGCAGCACAUGCGCCUCCUCUACGAGCUGGACAUCAGCAACAACCUCUUCUCCGGCGGGUUCCCGUCGUUCCUCACCUCGCUGCCGUCGCUCAAGUACCUGGACCUGCGCUUCAACAAAUUCGACGGGCAGCUGCCCGACGCCGUGUUCGGGCGGCAGCUCAGCCUGGACGCCCUGUUCGCCAACAACAACCGCUUCAACGUGACCCUGUCGUCGCAGAGCCUGACCAACUCCACGGCGUCGGUCAUCGUGCUCGCCAACACCGAGCUCGCCGGCUGCCUGCCGCCGAGCAUCGGCGACAUGGCCGACACGCUGGUGGAGCUCAUCCUCCUCAACACCAGCAUCAGCUCCUGCAUCCCGCCGGAGAUCGGCAAGCUCAAGAAGCUCAGGGUGCUGGACCUCAGCCGCAACGAGCUCGCCGGGGAGCUGCCGGAGAGCGUCGGGGACAUGGAGAGCCUGGAGGUGCUCAACGUGGGGUACAACCAGCUGUCCGGCGUGGUGCCAGAGAGCAUCUGCCUGCUGCCGAAGCUCAAGAACCUCACCGUCGCCGGCAACUACUUCUGCGGCGAGCCGGUGUCAUGCCUUCACAUUCCCGUGCGCGACGACCGGAUGAACUGCAUCCCCGAGUGGCCCCACCAGCGCACGCACGAGGAGUGCAUCGCCUUCGAGCACCGCCCGCCGGUGCACUGCGGCGCCGACGGCUGCAUUGUUCAUCACCCGCUGUGA